AUGGGAUGGGCACAGGAGCUUUUUGGCCUGUUUUCCGACUUUGCCGUUCGGUCGGCGGUCGAGAAGCAGACGUUGUUUAGGCAGAGGUACCUCCGAAAGGGAGUCUACGACACACUGCCAGCUUCGGCUAGCGACUACCACAAAGCUUUGGCAAUCUGUGCGGAUGACGUUGUAUACGAACGUGCCAUAGAGCUGACUCUCCAAGUGAACUUGAAAGCCAAUGUGGAUAUCAAGAACAGCCCUGCUGAGAGAGACAUUGAGAAUCUCAGGAGAGACAUUCAGUUGAUCACGGCCCGGAGAGCGACAAUGAGUCGACGAGAAUCAAACCUCUGCGGGUUCCAGAACGCCGUGUCCGACAUUAUCCACCAUUACUCAGACCGAAUCUGCACUCCGAGGACUCAAGCAAGCUUCAUGGUCAUCCUCGCUCUGCAAUUGGAACUUCGACGACUUCUGUCCCCUUGGUUACUGGUCAAGGCAUUCAUGAGCGUAGGGGGCAAGUGGAAAUGGGGUCUCAGCCCACCCGGACAGCCAGUCCAGGCACCACAGCCGAAUUCUGGACUCGAAACUAUCCCUUCAUUUGUUGAAAUGGGUCGCGUCAUGUUCAUAGAUCUCAAACUCGAAACGAUCCGCGCGCAGAUUCUACGGAACGAGACUUUACAAGGCGAUGAGCUGCAAAUGGCGUUGUGUUUCCGCCGGUUUCUGGAGACGGGCCAGGAGGCGCAGAUGCCGCUCAUGGCGAUGGGUCUGCGGAGACGUCGCGACAUUACUAUUGUCGAGUACAAUGAGACAUCAGCUAUCAAAUGUGCUGAAGGCUGCACGUGUUCGUUGAGUACGCAGCAGGAUCGGAAAAAGAUGCUUGCUGCGAAGAGGAAAGGCAACGACCCAGCGAUCGUAGGGGAGCGAAGGAAGAUCCAAGCCUGCCAACAGAGGCUUUCCGCGACGGCCAGGAACCUCGCUGUCCUCAGAUUCAUCGCCAUUUCCGUCAUCGGCAUCGUCCAUAUCGUCCAUCUCCUCAUCCUCGCUGACCCCAUCCAGCCCAAGACCUGCAAUCAAUCAACGGCCCCAGCCGCCUCAUACGUCUCCCCACCACGAGCGUGCCUUAGCUUUACGCGCAGCCAGGUCAAGCGGCGCCCUAAACUUAACGAAUUCAACCAACUCACACCAAAGCCUCCCACCGACAGCCUCGGCGUCCCCACGGAGCCCGACACGAGUUCGAAACACUCCUAUGUGGACAUUGCAACCUCCUCCCCUCCCAGCAACCGAACUCAGGCAUAG